AUGGUGCUGGUCUCAGCCUGUGGAGAAGUCAGCCUCAAUUUGAACACGACCCGAGGCGUUGUAGCGAUUUGGCUGACACAUGUUGCACUCGUCAAAGGUUUCUUUGUCAAUAUCUUUGGCCUUUCUAGAUGCUUGGAACAGCAGAUUCACUUCGACUCUGGAAGACACAUCCUGUAUCAGUUCAAUCCCAAGAACGUGAUCUGUGACCUUGAGUUUAACGCAGUCACACAGUAUGAGAAGCCGUCUCAUGACCCACGCAAGCCCGUCGAAGUCAUAGCAGAAGCAGCUCAUCGACCCACUGGUCAUGCCGGCCAAAAGGCAGUUGAGAAGCUCGCUGAGAAUGUGAUUGGUAUUAAGCUUCUAGACAAAGAAGCUCUCAAAUGGAAGCAUUGUGAUUGCUGCAUUCAAGCCAAGAUGACGAAACAAAUCAGUCAUUGGCCAUCAUCCCCAUUAGAUCAGCGAUUUCAAAGAAUAGCCCUAGAUAUCAUUUGA